AUGAAUUAAUAAUUCUAAAUUGAUGACAUUAUUCUUGCUCCUGGUUUAUCAAUCAAAAUAAGGAAUACUAUAUAAUUUAAACAUGGAUAGGAUGGAUUCCAUUUAUGGGAAGUAAUUUAAAAGAUUUUACAUUAUAUAAGGCAGGCAUUGUAUUGACGAGAUACGUGUAUUAUAAUAUUAUGCCCUCAAAAUAAAUAUUUAUGGAUUUAGGAACUGGAGUAGGAAUUACAGGGAUUCUUAUAUCUAAAUACACUAGAGUCAUUAUGACAGAUUAUAAUUAAGAUGUUUUGGAUAAUGCAUGGAUGAAUGUAAAAUUAAAUUAAUCACCAUGUAUUCUAAUGUAAUUGGAUUGGAGAAAUCAUAAUAAAAUAAGUUUCUAAGUAGAUUUAAUUGUUGGAAGUGAUUUAGUUUAUUCAGGUGCACCCUUGUAUGACUUAUAUUAAACAAUAGUUAAAUUAUUAAGUAAGUUAUAAUUGUAUUUUAGAAUAAGAUGGGAUAUUUUAUUUGAUAAUACCAAGUAAUAGAAUGUGUACAUCUGAAUUUAUAGAUAUUAUGAAUUCUGAAGGAUUAUUUGAAAUUAGAAAGGAAUUGUUAGAAGAUGAAAAAUAUUAUUAGCCUUGUUUAUUAGAUCGUGAAUAAUCUCAUCAAUUGUAUCCUGGUUUAAAAGAACUUAAAUUUUAUAUGUAUAUAUUUAUUAAGAAGUGA